AUGGGAGCAAGUCGACGAACUUUUCUUUCCCAACUUGGCCGGAAAAAUGGCUUUCAAAUAGAAGAUAAUUUCAGUGCUGGUGUCACUCAUGUCAUCUCUGAAAACAACUCUGGGGAUGAGGUGAGGAUGUGGCUGGACUUGCAGCCAAAAGGACAAACUAAAGCGACUGUAAAACUUCUGGACAUAAGCUGGUUCACUGAGAGCAUGCGUGCCGGCCGCCCUGUGGAGAUACUGGACAAGCAUGAAUUGCAGGUAGUGCUACCAGAUAAAGAACAGUUUUUGAUGCCAAGUUAUGCCUGUCAGAGACUAACCCCAUUGGAAAGCCAUAACAACAAGUUCACUGAAGCUCUGUCCCUUUUGGCAGAAAACGCAGAGCUUAAUAACGAGGAGGGCCGAGCUGUUGCCUUUCGACGAGCUGCAGCAGUUUUGAAAGCACUCCCUGUGAUGGUCACGUCUGCAACUCAGCUCCGAGGGCUGCCCUGUCUGGGAGAGCACUCACAGAGGGUCAUCAAGGACAUUAUUGAGAAUGGAGUAUCAAAUGAAGUAGAAUCAACUAUGCACUCUGAGCGUUUCAAAGCACUGAAGCUUUUAACUGGCAUUUUUGGAGUUGGGGCAAAAACUGCUGACCGAUGGUUUAAGGAGGGGAUUCAAAGCCUCACUCAAUUGGUUCAUUCAGGACAUGAGCUAAAUCCUGCCCAACAAGCAGGUCUGGAGCACUAUCACGACCUCAACCAGCCAGUUACAAAAGCUGAAGCGGAGGCCAUUGGUGACAUUGUGAGAAGGGUAGUACUUGACGUGUUGCCGGGGUCGGAAAUGACCCUCACUGGAGGAUUUAGGAGAGGGAAAAUGACAGGACAUGACGUUGACUUUUUGAUCACUCACCCAGAUGAGGGCAAAGAAACAGGACUUAUUUCUAAAGUGGUCUCUUUGUUAACUGCACAGGGUUUGUUGUUGUACCAGAAAACCACAAGAAACUCAUAUAUGGAGAACAAAGGCAGACUGGCGCAACCAUCUUCAACUAUGGACCGAUUUGAAAGGUGUUUCUGCAUUUUUAAGCUGGAGAUAAAGGAGAUGAGACCAGAUAAAGACUGGAGGGCUGUCAGAGUGGAUUUAGUGGUGGCCCCCAUAAGCCAAUAUGCCUUUGCUGUUUUGGGCUGGACUGGGUCUAAGUUGUUUGAGAGAGAGUUGCGCCGUUGGGCAAGUCAGGUCAAGUCCAUGUCUCUCAGUAGCCACGCUCUUUUUGACAUCAAACAGUGUAAGUAUCUGAGGACGACGUCAGAGGAAGAAAUAUUUUCUCACCUUGGUCUAGAGUUCAUUCCACCAACUGAAAGAAAUGCUUAG